AUGCUGCCGUUAUUUGCGGGUGGUUGUGUGUGUGUGCGUCACGUCACGUCUCCCUCCUGUCUGUCCGUCUGUCUGUUCUCUAUAUUUGUUCUAUUUCUAGGUGAGUCUGUUUGUUCUGGAUUAGAGGUUGAAAUUGAAAAUAAUAACAAUCAUUUUCAUGAUGGGGACUCAACCUACCACAUGAAGAUUUUAGUACCAGCCGUGGCCUCCGGGGCCAUUAUCGGCAAGGGUGGCGAAACAAUUGCCUCGUUGCAAAAGGACACAGGUGCUCGUGUUAAAAUGUCCAAAUCGCACGAUUUCUACCCAGGUACAACCGAACGUGUCUGCCUUAUUACCGGCACCGUUGACGGCAUCAUGGCCGUCUUGGACUUUGUCAUGGACAAGAUACGCGAAAAACCCGACUUAACCUCGAAAAUCCUCGAUGCCGAAAGUAAACAGAGUCAGGAACGUGAUAAGCAAGUGAAAAUUUUGGUGCCCAAUUCCACGGCCGGUAUGAUUAUCGGCAAGGGUGGUGCUUAUAUUAAGCAGGUGAAAGAGGAGAGCGGUUCAUAUGUGCAAAUCUCACAGAAACCCAAAGAUAUAUCAUUGCAAGAACGUUGCAUCACAAUUAUCGGCGAUAAGGAGAACAAUAAGAAUGCCUGCAAAAUGAUUCUAUCGAAAAUCGUCGAAGACCCACAGUCCGGCACAUGUUUAAAUGUCUCGUAUGCUGAUAUUAAUGGCCCCGUGGCCAAUUUCAAUCCAACCGGUUCGCCAUAUGCAACAAAUCAAAAUGCCAUCAAUUCGAGUACAGCAUCGUUGAAUUCGACAUUGGGCACAACAAUCGGGGGUGCUGGCACAGCUGCAGGUCUUCUAGUCAACGGUACUGGCAUUAAUUUGUCAUUGAAUUUGAGUUCACCAAAUCCGGCACCAAAUCUAGCUUUAGCCACACAAUUGUUGGAACAUAUUAAGGUCGCUUUACGCAGUUCCGGCUAUUCGGAAACUGCCACCACAGAGGUGUGUGCUGCCUUGGGCGUUCUCGCCAAAUAUGGCGUUCUUGGCAUGGGUGUCGGCCUCCAACAUACCAAUGGUGCCCACACAACACUCGGUAGCUAUUUGGGUGUCUCAGCGUUGGAUCAACAGACCGCUGCAGCUGCCACAGCCGCUACUGCGGGUAAUGUAUUCGGUGCCGUCGGUCAAGUCAAUUUAGAGCAAUAUAGUGCAGCUGUGGCGGCUGCUGCUGCCAAUCGACCCACACAACAGCAAUUGGAUGCUGCCGCUGCGCAAUUUGAUCCAUUCCGUCAUUUAAAUUCAAAUGCUGGUCAGGCUGCCACACCGGUAUCGUUGAACAAUAAUAGCUUUGGGCUGACCGCAGCCACUGGUACAGUGACCACAGCGCCCACAUUGAAUGCGGCAACUGGGGCGCAUGCCUUGAGCGGUAUUAGCAAGAGUCCAACACCGGGUGAUUUGAGUGCCAAGGAUACGAAGAAUGUGGAGAUACCGGAAGUGAUUGUUGGUGCUAUUUUAGGUCCCAACGGUCGUUGUUUAGUUGAAAUUCAACAUAUUUCGGGUGCUAAUGUGCAAAUUUCAAAGAAAGGCAUUUUCGCACCUGGCACCAGAAAUCGUAUUGUAACCAUUACUGGUCAACCGAGUGCCAUUGCUAAAGCUCAAUAUCUAAUUGAACAGAAAAUCAACGAGGAGGAGACAAAAAGAGCGCGACAAAUUCCAUUAGCCACUGUUGUGAAUUAAAUUUAAAGAAAAA